UUUCCGUCAGCCGGGUUCUAGCCUUGUACAGUCUGACAGUUGUGAGCCGGAUUCAGCUCAUUAACAGAACCGGGAGGAAAAGACAGAGUGUUUUAGCUGCAUUGAGCUGUAAUCGGUGCUUGUUUGCUUCGGAUAAAUCUAAUGUUUUCGUGCUGUUUCUGAACUACGCUAGCUGUGUGUGUGUGUGUGUGUGUGUGUGUGUGUGUGUGUGUGUGUGUGUGUGUGUGUGUGUGUGUACGUGUGUACACACACUGAGUCUUAGCCUUUAUUGACGCUCUCUAUACCCGCACUGUGGUAUCCGUCACCUGCUUGUCUGCUUCUCGGUCGAGCAUGAGCAUGGUGUUGGAGCUCAGCUGGAAUGCAUGCAAUAGGCUGUAGAAUGAACCUGGCAGCAGUGCUAAAUGGCCUGCUUGUGUCGCUGGUCGCAGCCCUACUAUGGAAGUAUGUUCGGCUAAGCGACCACAUGGCCCAACUGGAAGAGGAGUUACAGCUGACUCGUCAAUCCCAGGAGCUUUCACAUGUGCGUAUAGAUUAUCAUGCUGCUUUGUUAGCUCUGCAAGAGCAGGGCACAAGGAUGGUCUGCACCGGCAAAAUGCAUACUGACCGCAUCUGCCGCUUUGACUAUCUUUGCUACUGUACCGAGGCUGAGGAGUUCAUAUUCUUCCAUAGUAAUUCCUCAGUCAUGCUUCCUAAUUUGGGCCCUCGUCGCUUCCAACCAGCCCUUCUGGAUUUGUCCUCUGUUGAGGAUCACAAUACACAGUAUUUUAACUUCUUGGAACUACCUGCAGCUGCACUAAAGUAUAUGCCGAAGCCUGUGUUUGUGCCAGAUGUCACUCUCAUCCUCAAUCGCUUCAACGCUGAUAAUCUUAUGCACAUCUUCCACGAUGAUCUUCUUCCAAUAUUCUACACCAUGCAACAGUACACAGACUUGGAUGAUGAAGCCAGGCUUGUCUUCAUGGAAGGCUGGGGAGAGGGGAGCCAUUUUGAUCUCUAUCGUCUCCUUAGCAGCAAACAACCACUACUUAAAGAGCAUUUGAGGAACUUUGGCAAGCUCAUGUGCUUCACCAAAUCUUAUGUUGGAUUGUCAAAGAUGACCACAUGGUACCAGUAUGGAUUUGUACAGCCCCAAGGGCCCAAAGCCAACAUUCUUGUGUCUGGGAAUGAGAUUCGGCAGUUUGCCUCAUUUAUAAUGGACAGGCUUAAUAUCACACCAGAGGAGAGGCCUAAAGGUGAUGAUUAUAUAGUAGUGUUUAGUAGAGGUUCUAAUAGGCUAAUUCUCAAUGAAGCAGAGUUGCUUCUUGCUUUGGCUCAAGAGUACAAAAUGAGGACAGUCACCGUGUCCUUAGAGGAACAAACAUUUGCAAGCAUAAUCAAGCUCAUCAGUGAGGCAUCCAUGUUAGUCAGUAUGCACGGUGCUCAGCUUAUCACAUCCAUGUUCCUACCACGAGGGGCUGCUGUCAUUGAGCUUUUCCCAUAUGCAGUCCACCCUGAACAGUAUACACCAUAUAAAACUUUGGCCUCCUUGCCAGGAAUGGACCUGCAGUAUAUAGCAUGGAGAAACAACAUCAAAGAAAACACUGUGGCCUAUCCUGACCGCCCAUGGGACCAAGGAGGCAUCACUCACCUGGAAAAAGAGGAACAGGAACGUAUCCUAGCUAGCAAGGAGGUGCCAAGACACCUCUGUUGUCGCAACCCAGAGUGGCUUUUCCGGAUUUAUCAAGACACCAUUGUUGACAUUCCGUCCUUCCUGGAAGUCAUUCGAGAUGGUCUAAAAGUUAAGCCUAAUCUGAAAAAGAGCAAACCUGCCAAUGUAAUACAUCCUGGUCGAGUCAGACAACCCAAGUGCCAGACAUCAGUGCAGGCUACCCAUGAAGCAAAGCUCUCUGUGUCCUGGCAGAUUCCUUGGAAUCUCAAGUACUUGAAGGUAAGAGAGGUAAAAUAUGAAGUGUGGAUCCAGGAGCAGGGAGAGAACACAUACAUGCCUUACAUUCUCCCUCAACAGAACUAUACCUUUUCAGAGAACAUUAAGCCCUUUACCACAUAUUUAGUGUGGGUGCGCUGUAUCUUUAACAAGAACCUUUUGGGACCAUUUGCAGAUGUUCUAAUAUGUAAAACCUAACUCUGUUAAGCUUACAGUGUCAUGACCUGAGUCAGGGAAAUGCUGAUUAUAAAUACUGUGAAGAUGGAUUAGAUUCUAUGGAAAAAAAGUUUUUCCUGCAACAUGACAUCUGUAGCUGUUUGCCACAGUAAAUGAGAGGAACAUUUUGCUGAGUACUAAAAACAAUACAGAACUCUAAAACUGCCAAAUCAAACUCUUUGAAAAGAUUGCUUCAACUUUAUCAUGUUGAAAGAUUUUCAUUAUUCAAAUUGUAUUUAUAGAACUGUGAGGUAAUUUAUUUUUAUUUAUUAGUUAAAGAUGUCUGUUGUUUAAAUGUUUUGUGCCUAUGGGUGUAAUUAUUAGAUUGAGCUGAAAGAUAUUUUCAAUUUUCCUACUUUUUUUGGCACAAGUGUUUUGUUAAAAAUUUGCAAUCGUGAAUUUGAUGUGACUUGAGCAAAUGUUUCAUGUAGCCAUUACACUCUCAUUGGUUAGCAUAACAUUAGUUAUAAUAUCCAGCCAAAUUAGCCUAAAAAUUGAAAAGUGGUAUUAGAAAUAUGUUAAAUUUUCAUUGUUUGUGAGAUGUACUAGUUUGUCAGUGCUAAGUUUCCUUUUUUUUUUUAAUGUUUAGAAGACAUUUCAUGCUUGCCUAUUUUGAUAUUGAAACAGUUUCCAGAUGAGACUUACUGUAUUGGAAACGUGCAUUGGGACAGCUGAGUGUUUUAACUGUGAUCUAGCAUGAUCGAAUGGAAAUAAAGAUAGAAGACUGCUGCUGGGUUUCUCAAAACUCAGAUGUGAAUCUCA